GAAGGAGGUGUCGCUGCGAACUGUCAACCUUAUCAACUGCAUCCCCAGCCACCAGACCUGCCGCCCCCAGUCCCUUCUCCUCUGAGCGCCUUCUAACCAGCCACUUCAUUUUUCUCACCUGGACCACUUCCUGAGGUAGAUGUGUAGAACAUGGAGUUACUGAAUAUCAGAACUGGAAGACACCUCAACGAUCAUCUAGUCUAGUCCCAAGACACCGUGUGGUGUCACUGAAAGAGCUCUGGGCAUAGUUUAAAUCUCAGCUUUAACACUAGCUUUGUGGCCGUGGGCUGGACACAUUCAGUUUGCUUAGAAGUCGACAUUUUCCAAGAUGGGUGAAAGAAAAGGUGUAAACAAAUACUACCCUCCAGACUUUGAUCCAGCAAAGCAUGGCUCUCUCAAUCGAUACCACCACAGCCACCCGCUUCGGGAGAGGGCUCGGAAACUUUCACAGGGCAUUCUUGUCAUCAGAUUUGAGAUGCCCUAUAACAUCUGGUGUGAUGGCUGUAAGAACCACAUUGGCAUGGGUGUUCGUUACAAUGCUGAAAAGAAGAAGGUUGGCAAUUAUUACACAACCCCAAUCUACAGGUUCAGAAUGAAAUGUCACCUCUGUGUCAACUACAUCGAGAUGCAGACAGAUCCUGCCAGUUGUGACUAUGUGAUUGUGAGUGGUGCCCAGAGGAAGGAGGAGCGCUGGGACGUGGCGGACAAUGAACAGAUCCUGACCACAGAGCAGGAGAAGAAACAGAAGCUGGAAACAGACGCCAUGUUCCGCCUGGAGCAUGGCAACACAGACCAGAGCAAGUUGCAGAAGGCCAUUCCCACCCUGUCCAACAUCCAGGAAGCCCAGAGUGCGUGGAAGGAUGACUUUGCCCUGAACAGCAUGCUAAGGAGGAAGUUUAGGGAAAAGAAAAAGGCCAUAAAGGAAGAGGAGGAAAAAACACUGGCCCUACAGACCAAGGCGAACCUCAGUAUCCCCCUGGUGCCUGAAGCAGAGGAGGACCGGAAGCUUGCUGCCCUGCUCAAGUACCACAGCCUGGACUCAUAUGAAGACAAACAGAAAUUGAAACGGACAGAAAUCUUCGGCCGCUCCUGGUUCCCUUCUACCCCAGGACCUGGGGCCAGCAACAGCAAGGUGAACAGUGUCCUCAAGAAGCUGGCAAUUAGCCGAAAACCCACGCCCAGUGGGCCCUCCAUCACUAGCAGCGACCUGGGAAUUGUUCGUCGGAAGUCUCGGGAUGGCCUGGAGAAUCCUCAAGAGUCAGGUGAAGCUCCAGAGCUAAGUGGAAUGAAGGAGGAGGAAGCACACCCCCAUGGAGGAUCUUGGUCAGACAGAGAUUAUUCCCCAGACGUGGAGGCACAGUCAGGCCCUAGCAGCACCUCUAUCCUCAAUUCUUCACUAGUUGCGGACUAUUCAGACUCUGAGAGUGACUAAUGUUGUCAUUUCCUCCUUCCUAGGCUGGUCUCACACCUUUGCCUCCCUCUUCAAGAAAUUCAGGGUUACUUCUGCCAGCUAAAGUGGGUGCUCACUCCCAGGGAGGCUUCCACUCAACAAAGAAACCAUAUAUAUAUAUGGGCUUCUUCUCACCAGGCCUUCCAAGAACCAAGAAAUUCUCCCCUUCCUCCCCUCCCCCAGAUUUGAUUUCUCUAUAAAUAAUUGGGUUUUUAUUUAUUUAACUGAGGAAGGAGUAUGUGGUAUCUGGCUUGAAUCUCUGACAUGAGUUAUUAAACCCCCACCUAUUAAAUCCAGUUAGUGCAUCAGAUUA